UAAAAAUCAAACCCUUUAUUUCCUCUCUUCAGCCGCCGCUUUCACUUACCUCUUCCUCUUCCUUCUUCUCCUACGUUCUUAUUCCUUCAUCUUCUCGUACGUUUUUCUACACUGUGGAGCAAGCUCAACUUGAGAGCCUUUUGUUUUGUUUAUCUUAUCAUCCUCUCCGGUUUUCUUAUUUGGCUUCAAAGUUUCAGGUCCCGAUGAUAAGAACAGGGGAGGAAGAAGACUAUACAAGUCCACCGUGGCUAAUGCCAAUGCUACGAGGCAGCUACUUCGUCCCAUGUUCGAUCCACGCCGAUUCCAACAAGAACGAAUGCAACAUGUUCUGUCUCGAUUGUGCUGGAAAUGCCUUUUGCUCUUACUGUUUGGUCAAACAUAAAGACCAUCGCGUUGUUCAGAUAAGGAGAUCUUCUUACCACAACGUGGUGAGAGUGAAUGAGAUACAAAAGUACAUAGACAUCUCUUGCGUUCAGACAUAUAUAAUCAACAGUGCAAAGAUCGUGUUCCUCAAUGAAAGACCUCAGCCAAAAAUCGGAAAAGGUGUUACAAACACUUGUGAAAUAUGUUGUAGAAGCCUCCUUGAUUCUUUUCGCUUCUGCUCUCUCGGUUGCAAGCUUGGGGCAAUGAAGAGAGGAGAUCAAAGUCUAACCUUCUCUCUGAGAGAGAAGCAUGGGAGAGAGUACGAAGGUGGGUCGGAAUCAGAUGAGGCUACUACACCGACUAAGAUACGCAAGACGAAUGCUUUCAACCGUCUGAUGAGUGGUCUCUCGAUCUCUACCGUUAGAUUUGAUGAUUAUGGUCCAGGUGGAGAUCAACGGUCUUCAAGCUCUGGUGAUGAAGGUGGUUUCAGUUUCUCCCCGGGAACACCUCCGAUAUACAAUCACCGGAACUCGAGCAGACGUAAAGGGAUCCCACACCGUGCUCCGUUCUAAAAAAAAUACUGGAUUACAGCCCCAUAUUAAUAAUUAACUACAAUAUAUAACCAGUAAAUGGGAUAAUACACAUCAAUAUUAUAAUGUACUAUAACUCUUGGGGUGGAAUCUAGGAUGUAGUCAUAAUGUUGUACAUGGGCCAGUGUCCUCUUCUUUUCUUAUAUUUCUUUUGCUUAAAAGAUAAAGUAAAUGUAAUUAGGCACAAUAGAUUUUAUAUAAUAUAUAGAAGAAUGUAAGGUUAUACAGUUAAGGGUUUGAUGUUGGCUUAGCUUAAAAUCGUAUGGGUUUGUCUUGUGUCGUAAUGUAAUUUGUACAUUAAUUUUGUUCAUACUUUAAUAAUAUGAC